AUGUCCGAGCCCAUCGCCCGUACCGAAGCAAGACAAAAGUCCGCAGACAUCAAAAAGAAACAAGCCGAGACCCUGGUGGGACUGCCCCCAGGCAGCCUCCACAUCAGCCUCUAUAUCCGCUCCGACCCACCCCUCCCAAACGACUUCCACUGGGCCUUCUACCUCCACAAAGGCACCAGCUCCACACCCGGAGGAACAAAGUACCAUGCACGAGGCAUCGGCGGCGGGUGGAUUGCCGGGCACGAGGCUACAACGGGGAUAUUCAUGGAGAAUUUCCUAUGUGUGGUGAUUCAGAUCGCAACGAUUCCUCCAUCAGCGCACGAGCGUGUGGAUGAGAUUAUGAGGAGCUACGAUGAUUCUCUUAACUCGAUCCCGGGGAUUACGUGUCGCGUGUGGAUACUCACGGUCUUGCGUAUACUCGUUGACGAAGGGUUCGUGCGCUGUGAUAUCGGGGAGUUGGAGAAGGAUUGCUUCGAGUUUGGCAAUGAGCAUAGUGCAACGGCUAGCACUAAUCAGCAGCCUCGUCCGGUCGUCAAGUCGCGGGUUUCAUCUUGA